UAUUUGAAUUAAUUGACCACCUAUGUGCAAAUAAUAUACAACACAAACUAAAUGAUGGUAAUAUGAUACCGGCGCUGGGCUACGGGACCUGGCUAUUAGCACCGGACAGGAAAACCAAAACUGGGAACAGUAGUCAAGCGGAUGCUAUAGAAGCCAUCAAAAAGGCCGUUACGGUUGGGUACCGACACAUCGACAGCGCCUACAUGUAUGACACGGAGAAAGCUAUCGGUGCGGCACUGAAAGAGCUGUUCAGCUCAUGUAUGGUUGACCGGGAAGACCUGUUUAUCGUCACAAAAGUGUGGAAUAAUUUUCAUAGCAGGGAACGGGCGAUCGAGAGCAUAAAACUAUCGCUACAGGACCUGGGCAUUAAACACGUAGACCUGGCACUAGUGCACUGGUCUACUGGCGUAAAGGAUGGUGAUGAUUUACACCCGACCUACACAAAUGGAUCUGUUAUACCCAGGACCUGGGACAGGGAUGUGACAUAUUUGGAGGCAUAUAAGGGACUGGAAGAUGCACGCAAUGCCGGUUUGGUUAAGUCGAUAGGAGUUUCCAAUUUUAAUGAACACCAAUUGACUGAACUUAUAAAACAUUCACAAAUUAAGCCUGCUGUUAAUCAGAUCGAGGUGCAUCCACAUUUUAAUCAACAAAAACUAAUUGACUUUUGUCGCGGAAAUAACAUUACAGUCACGGCUUAUAUGCCUUUAGGAAACCGAGCACUGGUAGGUGAGCCGGUACUUAAUGCAAUUGCUGACAAGUAUCGUAAGAGUGUGGCACAGGUAGUCAUAAAGUGGCACUUACAGAGGGGACUCGUGGCUAUACCUAAAAGUGGACAAGGUCAACAUAUUGAUGAAAAUUUUGACGUAUUCAAUUUUGAGAUAAAUGACCAGGAUAUGUCGAAUAUUAAUACCAUUGCUCAGGAACCCAGGAUCAAUAAAAUUCCACCAUAUCGCAAUCACCCUGAUUAUCCAUUUUUAGAUUUAAUGGAAAGCAAAAUA